UCUAUAUUUAUUUGUUUAUUGCACAAUCUGUUUUUGUACAGCUGCGAAUCGUUUCACAAUUGUUCACAUUGUUUUUUAAAAAAGGGAUAGAAGAAAUAUUUGAAUUUAUUAGUCAUUUAUAUUUUAUCAGACAAAUAGUCUUACGUAUAAGAACUGUUUGAAUUUAUUUUAUUGUUGUCCAUACAAUAAAAUUAGUUUUUAGCGUUAAAAUAACUAAAUCUCUCUCUUUUUAUCCAGUUCUGACAAAUCAUCUGUGUUGUGUAAUUAUUUUUUUCCCUAAGAAACGAUAACUUUUCAUCCAUGAUUAGAAAAUGACUUUACAGCACGUGGGAGUGCCAUUAUGACAAAGUAAAGUGAUAAGUUAAGAGAACCCACAAUGUGUGAUUAAUAAAUACAUCAAUCAAGUUUCUUCCCUUAUGAAAAUUAAUCAUGGGUGUUUUUUGAAGUAAAAGUGCAGUGACCAUGUUUUUUUAAGUGUAGUAAAACAAUGGUUAAUUUUGGCAGAGGAUCAUACAAGUAUUUGGGUAUCUGGGUGGAUUCGGCAGUAAGGACCAAGAAGGCCAUACAAUGUUCAAAGUAACAGAUGGAGGUCCUACAGAAACUCACAAGAGCCAAUAAAGAGUGAGCCACCUGCAGAAGACCUGACGCAAAACCAACUGCGUCUCGUCCUGGUGGGCAAAACAGGUGCAGGAAAGAGCGCAACAGGAAACACAAUCCUGGGAGAAGAGCGUUUUCUUUCUGAUAUGAGCAUGGGAUCAGUCACCAAAGAGUGCAAGCGAGAAUGUGGAACGGUGGCAAGACGAAACCUUCUGCUCGUAGACACACCUGGUCUAUUUGACACAGAUCUCACGAAUGAGCAACUACAACAUGAGCUAAUACAUUGUCUAGCUUUGUCUUCACCUGGUCCUCACGUGUUUCUGCUGAUCAUACCAAUAGAGCGUUAUACGGAGGAACAGCAGCGGACCGUGGACAUGAUUCGAGAGAUGUUUCAUGACGGCAUCACCCAUCGCACCAUCAUUGUGUUCUCUCACGCAGACAGACUUCGAGAACCUAUCGAUUUGUUCAUUUCAAAACAAAACCAAAAGGUUCAAGACCUCGUGGAAAUGUUUGGGAAGCGUUACAUUGCUUUUGACAACACAGAUCUGACAAACCAAUGUCAGGUUGUUCAACUGCUGGAGAUGGUGGAUAAGUUGCUGGUUCAGAAUGACAACACACACUUCACCAAUCAGAUGACGGAGGUAAUGCUGAAGGCCAAGGCAAUAAUAGACGAGAGAAGAACGAAUAAUAUUAGGGCGGACGUACAGAAAAUGGCUGAUGAUCGCUGGACUGCGUUCACUGCAGACAUGAAAGAAGAUAGACAAGAUUCAGAGAGAAAAAAGAAGCGUGUCCAAGGCAGGAUUAAUCAGAUUGUGUCUGAUAUAAAAAAAGAGGAACAGAAUGAGAAACCCAUUCCAGAACGACUGAGACGGUGGCGAGAAUCUCUGGAGAUGGAUCAGAUGAUCCUCAGAAGACUUGAGGAGGAAGAGAGGGAGAGAGAGGAGCGAGAGCGGACUGAAAGGAUGAGUCUGGAUGAAUGGAUUCAUGAGGAGAUGAUAAUGAGAGAAAGUGAGAAUACUGAAGAUUAUUCAAAUUAUAUUAAAAUCCUAACUAUACUUACCAGCUUUCUGUUAGGGUUGGGCAUCAGUUCUUUUGCACCUAUGCUUUUGGCCUUUCUGUUCCCUGCUGCUCCAGUUGUAGAAGUCGGCAUUGCAGCAAAGGUUUUAGCCCAAUUGCUUAAUUUUCCUGGAACGGGUGGAGCUUUUAUUUUGCCAGCUGGCGUUAAGAUUGCAACGCUGUGCACCAUACAGUAAUCCACUUUCAAAUGCUGAUGAUUUUAUUAUCUGUAAUUAUGCUGCCUUUUCUAGCUUUACAUUGAUAUUUCAGAGCUCAUGGCUAUUAAAUAAUUAGAUUGUUAUUGAAAUAAUCUUUAUUCUUUCUUUCUUUUAUUUUCAUAUUGUUUCCAUCAGCAAGUAUAGAUAUAAAGUGAUUAUUUACUCAAAUCAUAAAUAAAUAUUUUUUGUUUAGAAACAUUAAAGUUGGAAUCUUUAAAACUACUAACCUAUUGUGUAAUCCAGCAGCUUUUAAUUGUAUUCAUAAAUUCAGCAAAAUCAAUUCUCAUUGUAUUCAUCUAAAUAAAGUGAAUUCUACAUUCUGUAGAUUCUCUGGGCUUUGUCUAUGUUGCACUGAAUUAGAAUAUGAAAAAUAAUGAAGAGAAAAUAUGGCCAGAUUAUACUUACACUCAAAAAAUUGCUGGGUUAUUUUUGACCCAUAAUGGGUUAAUAUUGGACAGAACACGUGCUGGGUUAAAAAUUUACCC